AUGAGCAAAUCUCGAAUCCCGUCGAUUAGUGUCAAAAGACCUCAUGGGGCCAGUGAUUUGGAUUCUCAACUGCCUCGGUAUAAAAAAGCUGCUACGAAAAGCCCACUAGCAGAAAUCACGAAUACAGCAGGUUCAUCACCACAAGUUUUAGAUAUAAAUUGCAAUAUGUCCGCUAAGACGGCAUUCACACCCACGACGACUAGCCAUAGUGCUAGACUUAUGAAUAAGUACUAUUAUGGUGAUCCUCGGGUGAUUGAGGAGGUCAAGAGAAGGGAACGUAAGGUUUUGAAGGAUAUCCAGCAUUUCCGGAAAGGCAUCGAUGACAUAGAGAAAGAUAUGACAGAGAUGCAGAAAAGAACGAUACCAGAACUUCGAUAUGACCUGAAUAAAAAAGCAACCGUCUUUAAAGAUUUGCGAGCUGAUAUGUCGCAGAUUGAUACGAAGUUGGAGUUAUUAAAUAACAAAUGUAAUGUUAUGAGGGCAAAUAAUGAGUUAGCGCUAAAGAAUAUUACUUUAGAGCAGGACCUGGAGGUACAGAAGUUAGAGAAUGAGUUAGACCAGGAAAUUAAUACUAAAAGGGAAGAAUGGGAACUUAAGUUACUGUCCUUGGAGAACAUGAAACCAGAAGAAGGCCUGACUAAGGAAAUAGAGGAACUGAAGUUAGGAAAGGCUGCAUUAGAGCAUAAUUGGGAUGCAUUACAAAGAGCAAAUAUAGAGAAAUGCAAGGAAUAUGAAAAGACUUUGGAAAAGGAAUUUAGUGAGUUUAAAGAUCAAAAGAUGGCGCUGUUCCAAGAGCUUUCAAUCAAGUUUGAACUUCUAUCACAGGAACUAAACGACAAGCAAAUAUACGCUGACAAAAUUAGCGAUUCUAUAGAUGAGUGUAAGAUGGAAAAGGAAAAGGUAGAGAGAGAAAUUGAGGCAUGUAUGAAGGAGUUACAUUUAUCUGAAGGUAGUAUUCAUCCACUUGAAAAGCAGUCCAGACACUUGCAGGAGGAAUUAGAAAAUGAAAGAAAACAGACUGCUUUAGUCGCGGAGAAAACGGCAGAAGUGGAGGCUGAGCAUGAGUUCUUGUUUUCGAAAAUGGAAGAACAGCAGCUAAGUCGCAAGAAGAUAGAAAAUACAAUUGAAGAGCUACGCGGGUGCAUUCGCUGCUUUGCAUAUGUAGACGAUUCUGUGCUACCAUGUGCUGUUGAUUAUUCUUCUAGAACUAUUACAACCAGAGACUCCAAACAGUUUUCAUUUAGCAAGAUUAUUCCACAACAAAUUUUGUCUGCAGAGGACUUGUUCGAACAAGAGUGCCAGGCUUAUAUGGAUAUGUGCCUACAAAACCGCUACGAUAGCACCAUAAUAUCGCUACAGCAAGAUAAGGACAAUUCCAUAAUUAGUGUUUUCAUAAAAUGGUUAAUGGGACAAGUUUAUGAUCACGCGGAGUUUCAGUGCGUUAUGUUAUCCGAAAAGUCGGUGUCAUGCGAUAUGAUACUUCCUGGAAACAGUUCUCCAAACCAUUCCGAUAACAGCGAAAUUAAGGUGGUGAUCGACGACAAUUCUGUAGCUUUUGAAUCUAGAUCAGUGGUAAUUACCUCGAAAGAGAAUUCUCUGACUGUCAUCAACCAGUUGAAAAAGAAAACUAGUGAACAAAGUGUUAUUAUACUGAAGUUUAAAAUAUGGCAUGAUGAGCAAUCUUCACAUAAUGUACAUUUUGUCGACGUACCGAAAGAUAUGUCCCACUGCCUACAAAAAUCAUCCGCAUCGCCGGUGUCAUCGAACAGGUCAUCGUUGGCAUCGUUGGCAUCAUCGUCACCACUCUCAUCAUCUAGCUCUCCAAUCAGCGUUAUCCUACGUAAAUUGUUGACGAAUACAAAGCCACUUAUAUUGCUAUCACUAAAAUACGAGGACUACAGUUUGUUAGACAUCGCGCAACAAGUUAGUCGGCAGAAACGAAUUUCAUGUUAA